AUGUCUUCUCCAGUCGAAUUCAAUUAUUCCCUUCCAAUCCAGAGAGACGAUGGCAAUAUUUGCCACAUGCCAAACUUCACAAGCGACUUAUGGCUAGCAAGAGCUAGAAAUUCAGAAGUCCCGGACCUGAUACAUGAUGCCAUUGGGUAUCUAACGGCAGAGGAAGAUCGAUCAAUCCAGAUGAAUCGAAUUUCACCCAAUCGAAAAGUCUUCGUCAACGAGAAUGAGAAUGCUUCUUUCACAGCUCAGCAGGUUGACUCGAAGACGAUCCAAGAGGAACUAUCUAGCUUCGUUAUGGAAGGUAUCUUGAAGCUACGAAAGAUGUUCCUUCGUCGCGGAGAAGGAAAAGACUCUGAGAAGUGUAGGUUUGAACAGAUUCUUAGAUCUGGAAAGGGAGAAAAGAGUCGCACCUACACCAUGGGAUGGUCUAUUCCACCUAACGCGGAUAGUGGCGGCGUUGCAACCGCAACGAAGGGCCACUUCAAGCAUUGCGAUGAGCUUGCAGAAGCUGCUCAGUUGAUCGCCAAGGUUUCACAGGCUAUCAUCCGAUACGUCACUCCUGCAGAAGAACUGAGAGUGCUUGAGCUACAAUCGGAAAUUGAUGUAGCGUAUACAGUUGGCGACGAGGAGAAUAAAAAUUUCUCAACCGUACAGGUUAACUACUCCAAUGUGAACACAGUCUCCCUGUCCGUCGAGAUGGGAAAGUCUGGAUCGUUACACAUAGAUGCGAAGGAUGAUCCAGCGCGGAUGUCGGUGCUCCUUAACUUGUCUAAUCUUGUUGAAGGAUGCUGGCCUGGGACAUUCACAAUAAUGUCACUUCGUGACUACUGGGUAUUUGCACCAUGUGAUGCCCUAGUCUUCAGAGCAAGACAUCCUCAUUUCGGUAUUCCCCCAAGAAUGAUGGGAGGCUCGCCAAGGAAACCAUACGUUGCACCGAUUCCGGAAUUGGCUUGGAUGGAUCCAGAGUUAUACAAUUAUUCGAGACUCGUCCUCGUCGCCUACCCACAGAAAUAUUUGAUGAAUCGUGCGCCAUCUUUAAAGAGGUAUAAAAUGCCCGAUCAUUAUCAACAAGACAAUCCAUUGGCUAUUACAUUUCCUCAUGGGGAAGCUUUCGCACUUGCAGCAUGGGGAACACUUAGACAUCAGCACGAGAAAAUCGCAAUGCAAGACGCUUGGUGUCUUGCUCACCGUCACAACAGUGGGUCAUUAGCUGUGUUACCAUCCGCGAAAUCAAUUGCAAAGAGGGAGGUGUGGAAGGACAAAGACGGGAAUAUUGUUCUACCUCGAGUAGCAAGAAUUCAAACGGUUUUGGAUGGAAAUACCGCACAGUCUCGAGACUCUGAUCAAGCGAAGGCAUUCGCUAGACUCAGAGAAAUUACAAAACUAUCACUUUCUCAUGACUAUUUCGAGCAUCGGUCGACACACAUAGACGCCCAAUAUGUCAGUGUAUUGGGCUCUUCGCUGAUUAAGCCGCCAGAUGUUGCACCCGAGAAGAAACUCACGAGAGCUGCUACUCAUGCAAUGUUUGGAGAAAAACCAUAUCAGUGUCCACUUUGUGAAAAGAGAGUUCCGGAUCCCUUCGCUUUGAGAGUCCACUUCAAAACUUACCACAAGAAUGACCGUAUCGAAGAUUUUGAAGAUGUCUUGCCGACAAGAGAUCCAAACCAUCUCAAGUAUCUACAAGAGGUGGCGGCUUCAAGUGUGGCAGAGAGCUCCAAGAAGGGUGGUAAGCGUCGGAGAAUUUCUGAUUCGGAAAAUGAUGAACCGCCAGCACAGAAGAUCAAGGCCGAGGAUCUAAAGGAUGCCAUCGCGAUCUCUGACGAUGAGGAGAUUGAGGACUUUGCAGCUCCGUCUAUGCAGCACAGGAAGAGGGAUUAA